UCGUUUUGUCUCAUUUAAAAACCCCAUUUUAAAGUGUCAGACUUCAUUAAGAACAUAAUAGUGUGUGAAAGCAUUAACAGAAGUAACAGUAGGUUUGUGCAUCGCAGCCGUUUAACCGGCACGGCUCGUUUCUGUGUGUUUUAGCGCUGCUUUUUCCGGCUCCUCGUUAGCCGCGAGCUAACGUCAGUAGCAAUUCCAUCCAGUGGCUUCCGGAGCUCACGCGGUCCACGCUCAACAUGUCCGCCGGGAGGGUCCACAUUCGCUCGGCAGGAAUGCGGUAGGCGGGGCCGCUCGGCUGGUGUCAAACUUUGGGAAUGACAGGAGCGCUGCGGGAUUCGCGAAGAAGGGGAAGUGUCGCCCCGCUCGGUCCCGUCUGGAUUACUUCGACUUCUCCCUCCGCCCCGCGUCCGGACCCAGCAGCUCUCCGCAGAUAGCGCGGCCUCCCCCCGCAGCGCAUCCCUCAGCCAUGUCGGAGGACGCGAGCACCCAGCCCUGGUCCAUCAACAAAGAUGACUACGAGCUACACGAGGUGAUUGGGAGUGGAGCCACAGCGGUGGUCCAAGCAGCCUACUGUUUACCACGCAAAGAGAAGGUGGCCAUCAAACGUAUCAACCUCGAGAAGUGCCAGACCAGCAUGGACGAACUCCUGAAAGAGAUUCAGGCCAUGAGCCAGUGCCACCACCCCAACAUCGUGUCUUACUACACCUCGUUUGUGGUAAAGGAUGAACUGUGGCUGGUCAUGAAGCUGCUCAGUGGUGGCUCCGUGCUAGACGUGAUCAAGCAUAUCAUCUCGCGAGGCGAACACAAGACGGGCGUCGUGGACGAGGCCAGCAUAGCCACCGUGUUGAGAGACGUGCUGGAGGGACUGGAGUAUCUACACAAGAACGGACAGAUCCACAGAGAUCUUAAGGCUGGAAACAUUCUCCUCGGGGACGAUGGCUCGGUGCAAAUUGCAGACUUUGGCGUUAGUGCCUUUCUAGCCACAGGUGGUGACAUCACUCGCAACAAAGUGCGCAAGACGUUUGUGGGAACGCCAUGCUGGAUGGCGCCAGAGGUCAUGGAGCAGGUGAGGGGCUAUGAUUUCAAAGCAGAUAUUUGGAGUUUUGGAAUCACAGCCAUUGAGCUCGCCACAGGCGCUGCACCUUAUCACAAAUACCCGCCAAUGAAGGUGUUGAUGCUGACGCUGCAGAAUGACCCUCCGUCCCUGGAGACCGGCAUCACAGACAAGGAGAUGGUGAAGAAAUAUGGAAAAUCCUUCAGGAAGAUGAUCUCGAUGUGUCUACAGAAAGAACCAGAAAAAAGGCCAACAUCCUUAGAGCUGUUGAAGCAUAAAUUCUUUCAGAAAGCGAAGACCCACGAGUAUUUAAACGAGAAGUUACUUCAGAGGGCGCCCACAAUAACUGAGAGGUCAAAAAGGGUUCGUCGAGUGCCAGGUUCCAGUGGCCGGCUGCAUAAAACGGAGGACGGCGAAUGGGAAUGGAGUGAUGACGAGUUGGAUGAAGAAAGUGAAGAGGGCAAAGCUGCUGUUGCUGCCUUAAGGGAGCAGCAGGUGAAGCCUGUUAGCGCCCCCAGGCGACAAGUGCGCUUCGCCUACCCACUCGAGCUGCCUUCGUCCAGGUCACCGAGAGUGAAGGAGGGGUCGCAGAACUCAGAGGUUUUCCAGACUCCUGAGCCCUUAAGUAAUCAACUCCAGCCGACGGCCGCAGGUCAGGCAGAACUACCUCAGGCUGCGGGCCAGGUUCCACUGCAGCCCACACCAGUCAACACUCAAUCCACUGCCCAGGCUGCGUCUCCCACACCAGGCGCUGCUGCUGCUGCCGCUCCCACACAGGCUCCAGCUGCUUCAGGGGAUGCGAAGGCUCCCAUUAGUUUGGUAUUAAGGUUAAGAAACUCAAAGAAGGAGCUAAACGACAUCCGCUUUGAGUUUAUGCCAGGAAGAGACACAGCAGACGGCGUGUCCCAGGAGCUAGUGUCAGCUGGUCUGGUGGACGGGAGGGACUUAGUAAUAGUUGCAGCAAAUUUGCAGAAAAUAGUUGAUGAGCCUCAAGCCAAUAAAAACGUCACUUUCAAGCUGGCUUCUGGAAUUGAGGGAUCUGAAAUACCAGAUGACGUCAAACUGAUGGGCUUUGCUCAGCUCAGCAUUAGUUAAACUGUUGUUCUACCUGGAACCAUGACUUGCCUAAAAAAAUGUGAAAAUUACAAAAAAAAAAAUAGUUCAAUGCAUUUUUUUUCUUUCUAUGGCUGUAAAGAAACCACUACUGCCAAAGAAAACAGUACCGUUUUAUCACUCAUAGGAUUCUGCGACGCCGUCUCGCUGAAUUAGAUGGUCGGCUGAAGUACCAGAGCGUUCAGUUUAAGAAUCACUCAACAACAGCGACAAAAAAAAGAAAGUUUACAGUGUAUACGUAGAAGGAUGAAAGUAUCUACAACGUUUUGUUUUUCUCAUUCUGGUCUCCGUCAUGGUUAUUUUCUCUCUUUAAUAUGUGAUGCAUUUGCACAAUCUUAACUAACACCCUUAAAUCCCAAUAAGUGUAACAAUGCCUUAUAUUCAUCAGAACUACUGAAUGCACGUUUUGGGGGAGGUCCUCAGUUACCGUAUGAAGCAUUGUGUUGUCUGAAAUGUACAAGUGUGGUUUCAGAUGCUGAUGUCAAACUUUUUUACUUCUUUUGAAAGGUGGGGGGGAUUAAAAUAUUGUACACAAACCUGAAAUGUGUGGAUGCCAAAUGAUGUCAGAUAGAAGUGAACCGUCUUUAAUAGGCUAAGUUUUGUUCUGUGUUUAUUCUAUAUUUCUUUGCGUCGACAAAUUGUUCAUCGUUAAACUUCCUGAACGUGACCUUCAGCUCAAAGCCCAUUUGUUCCUAAGGACGAUUUAUAUCUUUAAAAAUAAGGUCACCAAUAUUUAGUUUUGAUUUAUUAUUAUUAAUAAUAAUAAUACAAAAUGUCCUCAGUACCUGGCCAUUUAGUUUAAAUCGACUUAUACUCAGACAGAAGUGCUCUUUUACGUUUUAUUGGCAUCAGGGUGGUUUAUGUGGAAUUAACUCAAUAAACAAACGUGACCUUACGAAGGAAAAUGUCAACCAGUGCAAUGGUGUGUAGUUUUUACUGACACACGUGGGAUUCGUUGACUCUAAGAAAAUAUAAAAUAUCAUCAGACAUAAAUCUUAAUUGAAAUGUAUGCUAAAAAUCAAAUGUUUAAGAAAAAAAGACAAAAAAAUAAAAGUCACCUCUGUAUUUGUUUAUUUUCGGCGUUAUUAGGUGAUGAUCAGAACUCAGAGUUGAUGUAGAAUGAUAUAGAUUUGUUUAUGUUGGCCUCUUGUGAAAAUGAAUAUUCUGUGAUAAUAGUAAAAUGUUUGACAGCAGCUGAAACCACACACACACGUUGUAUGAGCAGAUGUGUCUGUUGGUAUUAGUUUAUGUCUGUUUGGAAUAAGUUUCUCAAAUCCUUAAAAACUAAAAACAAAAAAAGACUUAAGUGCAUAUUUUGUUUAUGUGGAUGAAACAUAAGUACUUGAUUUAACCUCUAGUAUGUAAAUAUUGACAUUUGGCAUUGAUUUGUUUUUGUACUGGGUGUUUCACUCUCGGCCUUUUUUCUGUCCUAUGACACAAUUUGUGGGUUGUAGCGCCGCGUGAAGGAAGACAACUACAACGACGUCUGGCUUCGACUUCCCUCGUUCUGCAGGACAAACUGUCACUUUUACUGUAUUUCAUGAAUGACGUUUAUUUACCUUUACUCGUAAAAAGAAAGACUUCAGCUUUUCACUUUUUGCCUUUUGGGGGAAAAAAAUAUUGAAUAAAAUUUUGCCAUGGAGCCACAGCUGUCUGCUCAAUACUAGAGAUGUUCCGAUGCCAUUUUCCCUUCCAAUACCGAUUCCGAUACCUGGACUUUACGUAUCUGCCAAUACCGAGUACCGAUCCGAUAUUAGUGCAUUUUAAAAGAAAAUCAACAUCUACAACCUAUUUAAACAGCUGUAGGCUACUAACCCUGUAUGAAAGUGAUGAUUACUGUCAUUCUUGUAUGGCCUGGCUCAGGCUAAGAAAUACACACUUCUGUUAGUAUCGAUUUAAAAAACAACAAUAAUAAAUACAUCUAGAAAUGCACAAGUACUUUCUUUAACACAGCACUAAAUGGAAGUCUUGAGUUGCCAUUUUAAUUGGGCGUACAAUCUUGCCAAAUUACGGACAUCUUAGCUAGCAUGGGUAACGCUACACUGCCCGAACUCACUUGUUCACCGAUCUAAAAAGAGUACUUGCCAGUGGCAGUACAGUAAAACUGCUGUUUUCGAAACUAGACGUGUCGGAUCAGUACUUAGGUUCACGUACUCGUCGAUGCCCGACCCGGCAUUUCCGGCAGUAUCGGAGGCAUUUCUGAUGCUAGUAUAGGUAUCGGAACUUCAGGGUACGUCAUACUUGCCCAUCCUAAAACUAUGAUUGUAAACUUUUUGAAUGAUAAGAAUUGUAUUUUUGAUUCAGGCCCGAUCUCACAUCCUCUCUUGAUGAAUGUGCAUCUCUUUAUUUGGCCCAGACGGCGGUGGCUGAAACACUCUGCUCUGUUGUGUAGAUCUGAAAUGCCAGCAAGGUUUUACUGUUUAAUUUGGUGAUGUGAUAAUGUCAUAACCCUCCAAAUGCCAUAUUGAAUGAUUUUUUUUUUUGCUUGCAGAUGAAAUGUUAAGAGGAAAUCUUUGUAUUUUGACUUUAAAACAUGUAAAAUUUUACGCUAGCCUUAAAUUGAAAAUGACCAAGUGUAUUUUUCUUUCCUUUUUGUUGCCACGUCGAGGUUUUGAUUCAGAUUUUCAGUGUCUUUGAAAUGUAGGCGUUGUUACACGUGGAUAUGUGUGAAAUAAACAUACACGGGUGUGUCGGCCCCGUCACCUCCUCAGAGGGGUUUGACGACGUCGGUAAAACCCCAACGUUACUCAUACGUUUCUAAACUGCAGUAUUUGGUGCCAUUCUCCUGGUUUUCUGACAGGAUAGGUGCGCAUGAGCCCUGAGAGAAAGUGCGUGUGCAUGUGUGCUGUAAAGAUCGAGCCCUGCUUCUAACGGAGAUGAAGAUCUAAUGGCUUCAUUCUCAUCCUUUCUCCAACAUCAGUCUCUAUUGUCCUGCUUACAUGUUGUCUAUCAAAGCCGGAGCAACCGAACAGAUAAAAAAAACGAAACCUUUGUCCAGGCAAUAACUCAUCAAGGCUGUAAUAUAUUUGAAUUUCCCACCUCUCUUCAGUUUAUUUCUUUCUGUUUAUUUUUCCAUUCUUUCAUUUGCUCUGUUUUUGAUCGUUUAGGAGUUCAAAGCAUGUUUCUCUUGAUUAUUUUGAAUCAAUAAAGAAUGAGCAUAUCAGCCAA